AUGAAUUCCUCAAAAAAAUCUCGAAAAUCCUCAAAGAAAGAUAAAAAAAAUGACAUCAUAUUGGUUAAUACUCAGGCAUCUUCCUCAAGGUCGUUAAAUAACAAAUCCAAGAAUCACAAGAAUUCAUCCCCCAAAUCAAAUUCUCAAAUUCUCACUCCUCCCAAUCACAUCCAAUCCUCAUCUUCGAGCAGACAACUUUUGUCAUCCAAUCAGGAUCAUUCGCCCUCUUCAAAACCCUCGAAAAAAAUCACAUCGUCACCAACGAAAGUUUCGAUCCUAUUAGGUUUCCCUGAUGGUGAUUUACCGCUAGAAGAUGAUGUUGACCCGUACCUCACAAAAAUCGGUGGCGUGCCAAAUUGGUUGAUUGCAUUGUGUCCAGCUUCACAUGAUCUGAUUGUUUGUAAUAAUUGUGGGAGAGAUAUGUUUUUAUUGUUUCAGGGCUAUGUGCCUUUUGAGGAUUCUGUUUAUGAUAGGGUUUUUUACGUUUGGGGGUGUAAUCAACAUCGGUGUAUGAAAAGGCCGGGAAGCUUCAGGGCUCUCAGGUCUCAUAGGCUAAAUGAAGAAUAUGCACGAAAAAAUAAAAAGAAGAGCAAACCCAAUUCUUCUAAAGUUGAUUCUUCGCUUCACGUGUCAACUAUUAAUUUUGAUGACUCAUCAAUGAACAUUAUUAAUACGGCAACUGGUGGAUUAGGAGGAAUGCUAUUUAUGGAUGGCGAUAGUAGCUUGAUCGAGGAAAUUACUUCGUCUUUUGAAUCAACACGAGAUUCUUCAAUGUCAACAUGGAAUCUGGCUGCGGGAUCGGACCAGAAAGAUCGGGGUGACGUUGAAUCGAAACUAUGUGACGAAAUUACAUCGAAAUUGACAUUAAAUCCUUCUUCGCAGCAAUGUCCGAGAAGUAAGUCAUGGCCGGAGAAAAUUCCAUUCUUUCCAGCAAAAUAUAUAUACAUAACUGAUGAGGUAAUAGAGGAGGAAAAGUCGUUUGCUGAUCUCAAGAAGUAUGAACGCUACUUGAAUAUCUCGAUGGAAGAAGAAAACUUCUUUGUGGAUGAUGAAAAUGAUGACUGGAGUGGUGAAAAAUAUGAAAAAUCUCGUUUACCAAAAGGUGUGGAUAAAGCUUUCAAAAGAUUUUCUGAACGCGUAAACGAAUGGCCUGAACAGUGCAUUAGAUACGAGUUUGAUGGUCAACCGUUAUUAUACAAUCAAAGUGAUUCCACGGCUGCAUUAUUGUUAUCGCCACCAUAUGGUUCCGUCAAACAACUCAAAACCACCACACAUCAGUUACCAAAAUGUCCUAAAUGUGGUUCUAGGCGUGCAUUUGAGUUUCAAUUGAUGCCAAGCUUAUUAUGUGUGCUCCCAAUAAGUGAAUACAGCAGUGACACUCGGAGCAGUGCAGCAUCGAAUAACGGGAUCUCUCAAUUUGAUGUGGGAAUGGAGUGGGGUACGAUCAUGAUUUUUACGUGCUCUCAGGAUUGUAAUUUGGAUGGAGUUGGUGGCGAUGGCGUUUCAUACUACGAGGAAUUGGUUUUGGUACAAUACGAAGAGUGA